CAGCAGGGGGCGCUACACGUGCGUUUGACGCCAUCUGGCAUCCAUGGGACGAGAGUUGUGGGCAUGAACCACACCGACUCGCGUGCUUUCGUCUCAUCGGUGCCGUCCAAUCAGACUUCGCUAAAUCGAGACACCGCCAAGAUCAGAUUGUGAGACGCGCUGCUGUAGCGAGGCUAGCGGCGCGAGCAUAGCGGAGGCUAACAGGCGACCUGCUAACUUGGGAAGUGCACCGGGGUCUGAAAAGUGUCAAAAAGAGGAAUACUUUCUUUUUUUAACCUGAAGCUCAACUCCUCCGGUCCUUUGGGAUCAUGGCUAAAGAUGUUGGUCUGAUAGAAACAAACGGAGAGCUGAAGGUUUUCAUCGAUCAGAAUCUGAGCCCUAGCAAAGGUGUCCUCUCUUUGGUAACUGUCCAGCCUACAGCUGUCCCCGUGGCCAAGCAGCUUCUACCCAAAACUCUUGGGCCGUCCAACGUAAACAUUGCUGCACAUAUGCCACACAUGGUGAUAGGAACCCCACAGAGGCCUACUGUAUCUAAUACCAUUUUGGUAAACAGUCCACAUACGCCCAGUUCGCAGUUCCUCACUCAGAGUCAACCAUCAGACGCCUCUCCCUGGUCAUCAGGAAAACGGGGUAAGAAAGGGGAAAAGAACGGGAAGGGCCUGAGGCAUUUCUCCAUGAAAGUAUGUGAGAAGGUGCAGAAGAAAGGAGUAACCACCUACAAUGAAGUGGCAGAUGAACUGGUUGCAGAAUUCAGCUCUGCGGACAGCCACAUGUCGCCCAAUGACGCACAUGUGUAUGACCAGAAGAACAUUCGGCGGCGUGUGUACGAUGCACUCAAUGUGCUUAUGGCCAUGAACAUAAUCUCGAAAGAAAAGAAGGAAAUCAAAUGGAUUGGCCUUCCCACAAACUCGGCGCAGGAGUGCCAAAACCUAGAGGUGGAGAGACAAAGGCGGCUGGAAAGAAUUAAGCAGAAACAAUCGCAACUUCAGGAGCUCAUACUGCAGCAAAUAGCUUUUAAGAACCUGGUUCAGCGGAACAGACAGACGGAGCAGCAAGCAAACAGACCUCCACCUCCCAACUCCAUCAUCCACCUCCCCUUCAUUAUCGUCAACACCAGCAAGAAAACGGUCAUCGACUGCAGCAUCUCCAAUGACAAGUUCGAGUAUUUGUUCAAUUUCGACAGCAUGUUCGAGAUCCACGAUGACAUCGAGGUGCUGAAGCGUAUGGGCAUGGCUUGUGGUUUGGAGGUGGGGAAGUGCUCUCCAGAGGAUCUGAAGGUUGCACGCAGCCUGGUGCCCAAAGCUCUGGAGCCCUAUGUUAUAGAGAUGGCAAAGGGUCCGAUCAGUAACGUCUACAUCACUGGAGGUUCCUCCGCAAAUGGAACCCGUUACCCUGCAAGCAGUGACGGCUGCACCGACGGUACCAUGGCCUCCAGCUCGAAUGACUCUCACUACAGCGGGUCCCGCGUGGAGACCCCAGUGUCUUACAUGGGGGACGAGGACGAUGAGGACGAGUACGACGAGAACGACGACGAAGACUAACCCGCCUGCGCCUCGCCACUCCCAACAAGCACAGUCCUUCAAACCACCGUCACCGCGGGGCAUUUAGACCCCUUUUGUGUUUGUGCUCCUUCGACCCUCCCACCCCCCCGUUUCUCAUGCCCGUAUUUCUGUCUGGCUUUCUCAGGGGUGUAGAUGAAUAUUGAAAGAACAGAGGUGUACGUUGCGACCGUCUUUUUUGUUACCGACCCUGCAAGGCGGCCUUCGGGCAGGUGUCGUCCAAGGGACUAUAGUCUGUGGCCCGGCCCCCCACGCCGAAGUCCUUUGUAUGUUUAACCCACUUCUCAAUAAGCCAUCCCACUUACUUAACCUCUGUAAAACCUGCUGUUGGAGAAUGUAUACCGUACCCGUUUGAAAAGUUAUCCCUACUACUUUGCAUUUGCGUAUGUCGAUGAUCAAAGUGUUCUGAGAUGGCCAAAGUGUCCUGUGUGUUCAUGCAACACGCGGAUUGUGAAUGACUAAUACAGUUGCCAUGGCAUCCCAGGAUGGGACUCCAUCAGAAGUGUUGAUACUUUUUUUGUUUUGUGUUCCCGGCAAUAAUUUGUUAGUUUCUUAACCUCCAUUGUGUUGGGUCGGCUUCCUUCUGUUCUGUAGGCAGCUUCUUUCCUGAUCUUGUUUGCUAGUAUUUUUUUAUUUUAUUUUUUUUUGUAUUCUGGAGUUCUCCAUCACCGCCCUGUCAACGCCUUGGUAGUGUUUACAAAAUGAUGGCACCAGCAAGGUAAAGACUUUUUUCAACCCAGGCUCCUAAUAGGUAAAUAAGCUUUGUUUGUGAAUUACGUAUAUGAAUCCUACGACGAUUGUAGCUUAUAGUAUCCUUUAGAGGCCAGUGGUAAAGAUAGAACGUACACAAUUAUUGAUGUAACAAAAUGUGUGGUUGCAUAGGUCUUUAUGUAUUCCCUUCAAAGAUCUCCCUUUUAAAACUUAGCAACACAUGUACUGACUCUUCCAAAAACCUUUUCUGUAAUCUAAUAUAAGUUUGCAAAUUAAAAUAUAGAUUGUUUUAAUAA